AGCACGAAUCUGUUGGUAACGGCAAGGUGCGGAGCUGGACUUAUAGGCCAGCACGAUAAACGGACGAUUGGAGACUAUAAUCAUAGCAGGCCACAAUGAGUUUCAGGGACGACAAUGAAGAGGGAAGAGAUCUCAGGAAGCCCUUCCUGCACACUGGGAGCUGGUACCGCAUGGGUUCCAGGCAAUCCAGUAUGAUGGGCUCGUCCCAGGUCAUUCGAGAUAGCUCCAUUUCUGUGGUGGCUUGUGUUUUGAUUGUCGCUUUGGGUCCUAUCCAAUUCGGCUUCACCUCUGGAUAUUCUUCUCCGACCCAAGCAGCAAUCAUCAAGGAUCUUGGACUCACAGUGUCAGAGUAUUCUCUUUUUGGUUCUUUAUCGAAUGUGGGUGCCAUGGUAGGAGCUAUAGCCAGCGGUCAGAUUGCUGAGUAUAUUGGUCGCAAAGGGUCUUUAAUGAUUGCUGCCAUUCCUAAUGUUAUCGGCUGGCUUGCUAUAUCAUUUGCCAAAGAUUCUUCUUUUCUCUACAUGGGAAGACUGUUGGAAGGAUUUGGCGUGGGAAUAAUCUCGUACACGGUGCCUGUAUAUAUAGCUGAGAUAGCACCUCAAAACUUAAGAGGUGCUUUGGGUUCAAUCAAUCAGCUCUCUGUAACCAUUGGGAUAAUGCUGGCUUAUCUGCUUGGACUUUUAGUUCAAUGGAGGAUACUUGCAGUUCUGGGAAUAUUGCCUUGUACGAUAUUGAUACCCGGGCUCUUUUUCAUUCCAGAAUCUCCUCGAUGGCUGGCAAAAAUGGGUAUGACCGAGGAUUUCGAAGCCUCUUUGCAAGUUCUCCGGGGAUUUGAUACUGAUAUUUCUGUUGAAGUGAAUGAGAUCAAGAGAUCUGUAGCAUCAACAACCAGAAGAACAACAAUUCGGUUUGCACAACUCAAACAAAAAAGAUAUUGGCUUCCUUUAAUGAUUGGAAUUGGUUUACUUGUUCUUCAACAGCUAAGUGGAAUUAACGGCGUUCUAUUCUAUUCCAGUACCAUUUUCGCAACUGCCGGGAUUUCAUCAAGUAAUGUAGCCACAUGUGGCCUUGGUGCUGUUCAGGUCAUAGCCACCGGGGUGACUACUUGGUUGGUGGACAAAGCAGGCCGUCGACUUCUGCUUAUUAUCUCUUCUGCUGGAAUGACAGUUAGCCUCCUAGUCGUUGCAGUAGCAUUCUUUCUAAAGGAUUUGGUAGCAACUGAUUCAAAUAUUUUUAGCAUAUUGGGCAUCAUAACAGUGGUUGGAGUUGUGGCCAUGGUACUUUUCUUCUCUCUGGGUGUAGGAGCUAUUCCAUGGAUUAUAAUGUCCGAGAUUCUUCCAAUUAAUAUUAAAGGCCUUGCCGGAAGCAUAGCAACACUUGCCAACUGGUUCGUAUCCUGGGUGGUCACGAUGACUGCAAACUUGCUGUUGGAAUGGAGCAGCGGAGGAACCUUCACCAUUUACAUGCUUGUGAGUGCUUUCACUGUCGUAUUUGUAACCAUUUGGGUUCCCGAGACGAAAGGGAGAACUCUGGAAGAGAUUCAGUUCUCCUUCAGAUGAGGUUUUCUUUCCCCUUCUUGCAUAUUACUUGCUUUCUUCCUUCUGUUAGAAGAAAAAACCAAGAGUUACCGUUUUGAGAUAAUCCCAGAGAAAUUGUGCAACGUGAAACGUGCACGUUUUGUAAUCUUUUCGUGACAUAAGAACAGGCUUCUUCUUCUUCUUCAGCCAGCCGUUGGUGUUCUAUUGCUACAUUCAUUGCUCGUCACUAUCUUUCUAGAGGUAGCUGUAAACUCACAACAAUUGUCUUAUAGUUUAUUAAAUUCAUUAAAUUAAUUUUCCGACCUAGCAGA